ACCCCCCUGCACCUGGCAAUAAUCACAAAGCAGGCAGAGGUGGUAGAAGACUUGCUGAAGGCUGGAGCAGAUGUCAGCCUUCUGGAUCGCCAUGGAAAUUCUGUCUUACAUUUAGCUGCUACUGAAGGAGACGACAAGAUUUUGAGGCUACUCCUAAAGCAUAAGAAGAUCUCUGCAAUGGUGGACCUUUCCAAUGGGGAAGGUCUCAGUGCAAUUCACAUGGUGGUGAUGGCGAAUAGCAUGUCCUGCCUCAAACAGCUGAUUGCUGCUGGAGUUAAUGUCAAUGCUCAGGAACAAAAAUCUGGACGAACUGCAUUGCAUUUAGCCGUUGAACAUGAGAACAUCCCGUUGGCAGGCUGCCUGUUGCUUGAGGGUGAUGCAGAUGUGGACAGCACUACGUACGAUGGGACAACUCCUCUUCACAUAGCAGCUGGAAGGGGCUCUACAAAAUUGGCAGCAGUUCUCAAAGCAGCAGGUGCAAAUCCUCACAUGGAGAACUUUGAGCCAUUGUUUGAUCUAGAUGAUGUGAAAAAUGAUGAAGAUGACGAUGAAGGAAUUGUGCCUGGCACAACACCACUGGAUAUGGCGGCCAACUGUGAGGUGUAUGACAUAUUAAAUGGCAAACCCUAUGAGUCAGCAGUGGUUUCGAAGGACUUACUGACACCAGGACAUUUGAGAGAACUGAAUGAAAGUUCCAAGAUGCAGCUUUACAAACUCUUGGAAGCGCCUGAUCCAAACAAAAGCUGGUCCACUUUAGCACAAAAGCUGGGUCUCGGCAUACUUAAUAACGCCUUCAGGCUGAGCCCUUCCCCGUCGAAAACUCUGCUGGAUAACUACGAGGUUUCUGGUGGUACAGUUCAAGAGCUGAUCGCUGCUUUGAGACAGAUGGAUCACACAGAAGCUGUUGAAAUUAUUCAGAAAGCACUAUCCUGCUCACAAAGCCUGUCUCACCAGGAGGACAGUACAGCAAAAGCUCUUCUGUCAUCAUCACCACCCACCUUUACAAAUGGAGAGACAGGCGAGCUUUAUAAUAGCAAAUUUCAAGACAACGAAAGCAUGUGUGACAGUGGUGUGGAGACCUCCUUCCGCAAACUCAGCUUUACUUAUUCAGACUCUCUGAACACCAAGUCAUCAGUAACACUUGGCAAAAUGGCCCUGGGCUAUGGACAUAAAAGUCAGUGCAAAGCAGUUAUAUAGCCAACUAGUAAUAUUCUCUUAAGCAAUAUGCAAUUACAGGAAUAAACGUGACAUUUAAAAUUACAUCGGUGUCAGCCCCACCAGAGGGAAGUGAAUUCACAACCAAAAGUGCGCUGGAGGAACCACACGCGAACCUGAACCAACAGCGACUUCAGCGUGCGACUCCUGGCUAUCGCUUCCUUCCUCAACUACAUUUCAUUUUAGUCAUUUACAAGCCGUAUACAGUAACCAGGGCUCCGCUGCCUCACUAAUGCACAGGGCUGGACACUGUGAAUGACUGACUGAGCUUUUCUGGGUUGCGAGGAUUUUCUUCCUAUAGAUGAAAGUCACUCCUUGUUACUGCAUAAUACUGACUCACUCACUUAAUAGAAAGAGGUAAGGCACGGAGCCAUCAGAGGAUACAGUUUCUAGCUGCUCUCUUCAUAAUUUUUGCAGCACAGUUGCAUGAAAAAAGCUGAUAAAAUAGCUGGCGGAGAAAAAUCAUUACUUUAAUCACAACAACAACAACUCAGAGAGAAAAGAGAAUCAUAAAAAAACAAACUUGUAUAUUUCAAAUAAUGUAUUUAAACUUAACUUUGGUGCCUCUUAUUCAAAAAAUUUUUCAAGUCUGGCAUUCUCCUAUUUGUAAAUAGUCUUUUUUUAUAUCUGUUCCUUUAAAAAAAAAGUGUGCUUUUUAAAUGCUUAUUUUUAUUUUACUUUUAUAAUAAAAACCCAAAAUGAAAGCUCUUGUCUACACUUCCUCAAAU